AUGGAGCAGCCCUCCCCGGGCCCCUCCCCCUCUCGCCCGAGCGUGUCCGUGACCGACCGUGUCUCGAGCGCGCGCGAGAGCCUCGGGGGGCUCUCGCUCUUCGACGACGAGGACCUCGCGGACCUCGCGGGGUCCGACGACGGGCUCCUCGACUUCCCGGAGUUGCCCGUCGAGGAGACGUCCUUCGAGGACGCUCCAGCUGCUUCGAGGACGAAAAGGCUGAGGAAGCCGCGGACGCUCAUGAACUCCGGAUUUCUAUGGGGCAUACUGUACUCCGGGUUACUCCAGCCGAACGGCGACCUCGACCCGGACAUGGGCUACUACGUCUGCGGCGAGGGCGUGCUGUCGGACAUCCUCGUCGUCGACGGCGCGCGGGUCUGCUGCCUCGGGCGCGAGCCCCGCGCGGGCUUCGGCUCCCCCAUGGGGGUCAACAUGCUCGUGGAGACGUCGCGCGUCUUCUCCCAGCUCCGCGCGUCCGUCAACGUCAAGUCGGAGCUCUCGGGCGACGACUUCGACCGCGCCUGGCGCGGCCUCGCGGACGCGACGGCGUCCGAGCGCGCCGCCGGUCUGGCCCUCCACCAGGCCCGCGGCGGCUCCCCGCUGGGCGUCGCCACCACGCUCGAGCAGGCGUCGGCGUGGCUCGACGGCCAGGGCGCGGGGGACCCGCCGUCCGCGAACCACCGCUUCGAAGUCCUGCCCGACCCGUCCCGCCCGUCCCCGUCCGAGGCCGCCGGCCAGCAGUAA